AUGUCUGAUACAGUCAUCAAUAAAAUUCUUGAAUCUUAUGGGUAUUUUAAUUCAAUAUUCCAAGUUACAAAGUAGCUUAACCUUAAUUCAAGAGUAUUAUAUAUCCUAUAGAAUAACUAAAAAAUUCUAUUGAUGAUCAUCAAUUAAAACAAAUAUCACCUGAAUUAUAACAAAUUUUAGAAAGUGAAAGAGCCAGAGAAAUGGUUUAAAAGAGAGGAAUUACACUUGAGAGAACUAAAUAAUUCUUCUAAGAGAAAAUUAAAGAAUAUAAUGCUAUAAUUGAUUUAUAACAUUUAAGAUCUGGAUAAUCAUAUGUAACUCCAAAAAAAGAUAAUAUUUUCAAAAGACAUACAGCAGAUUAAGGAGAAAUCACUAAUUAUCAUUUUGUACUUAAUUGGUAAAAUUUGAAUUUGGUUUUUGAUGAAUUAGAAAAUUAAUCCAAAACAGCAAAAUUUUAAUAUCAAUCUAGAACUCCAGAAUAAUCUUCUACUCAAAUAAAUAAACCUUAGACAUAUAUUAAAUUUUCAAAUAAAAAAGGAAAUUUAGUAAACAGAUUAGAUAAAAUGCUUAAUGAUUAUGAUACGAAAAUGUCUUAAUCAAUUACAACAAAUUUACCAGAAUCUAGAAGAAUUUCUAUGUUAGAAACCCCUCAUAAUAAAUGUAUUAUUUUAUCAACAAAUUAAACUAGUUAAAAGACGAAAUAGUCUAAAUCCAACACCAGUUAAGAAAUAUGUUAAAUUUCAAAACUUUUUAAAAACUGUAAAUAUUCUUUAAAAAAAUUCAGAUGAACAAAUAGAACCUGAAAAUAGAUAAGUUCAAAUUUUUAAGUAUACAUUUAGGAUUUAAUAAAAACAUAUAUUCAUGAUGCAUUUAAUAGAGAAAAACUAUCUACAGAUUCUUCUUAAAGGGAGAGGGCGAAAUCAUAACAAGAAAAUAGAAAAAAAAAUAAAAAGUUGUUAGAAGAAUUAAAUAGAAUGAAUUAAACUUAGGAUUUAAAAAAUCCAUAAUUUAAAUUAACGAAUAAUUAAAUACCUAUCUAUGAAGAUGUUUGUAAUAAUUUGUUAUAAUUAGAGUUUAAAACUAUUGAUCAAAAUUAAAUCAAAUAAGAGAAAGAGAGAAGGAAUAGAAUAAUUUAAUCAGUUAAUUCAAGAAUGCAGCCAAAAUAUGUUCAUUUAGGUGGAAGUCGAUAUGCUGUAAAAAAUAACUUUAAAAAUUAAUAAAUUUAUUAAAAAACAAUCAAUAAAUUAUUGGAAAAUUAAAUUAAAGAAGAGUUUAAGAAAUUAAAAAUAUAUGAUGAUGGAAUAGAUUUAGAUGUCUUGGAAGGACCACCUAGAAAAAUUGAUUAUCAUUCAUCUAAUUUAAAUUAGGAUUACAAUGAUGUUAAAGUAACAAAAAUUGUAUAAAAAAUGAAAAGAUGA